UUUAUCAUGGACCACGACUAUAUUGGUAACAAUUCUGAACAUUCAUCAAGCCAGUUCACGAAAGAAAUUAUAAUCUAUAUAGCCGGUUUUGUAGUUUACAAACUUAGCAAUUCACUUAAAUGCUAUUACUCUAUGAGCUGCAGUGAUCCGUGGUUCGUCAUAGGGCAACCAUACUGUGACCAUACUAUCUUAAAUUGUGAAGUGAUAAACUGAUAACUAACAUUAGAUAUUAUCUGUAAUCAUGAAAAAGUAUAAAGUAUUAUCUUUGUGUCUGCAAUUAAGGAUCAUGAUUCAUGAUUGACGAUUCACAAAAAAGUAAAUUUAAAAUAUUACAAUUUCACAAUUCAUUUAAAUCUCCUAAUCCGUGAUUUAUAAGUUAUAACUUUUUGGUUCUGAUUCCCGGCCGUUCCAUGUUUAAAUUGCAAGUUGUAAAUGCAACUGAAAGACGAACAGCAAUAAUUUGUAUUUUGUUUUGUACAGCAUCAUUAUUGUAAAAUUAAACUUUUCUAAUCGACGAUAGAGAUUUAAGAUGAAUAGUCUGUCGACUGGUGAAAAAGCAUUUAGACUUUUGAAUGGUAUUGUGUGUUUGUAUAAACCGGCAGGAGUACACCUAAGUGGUUGUCGCCAUUCAUUGCUGUUAAAGUUAACACAAGAGUUGAAUUUAUGCGGUGUUAGAUCUCCAGAAAAUCGUGUUGUUAUUUCCGGAGACACAACAAAAGAACUGAAUGUAAAGGUAGAGUCCAGUUAUGCAGACAAUGUACUUGUCGUUGGUCCCAGGUACCAAACCCAAGACAUUAAGUGUAUUUGGACCACUCAUUUGGGAAAGCGUGUAUCAGGCGUUUGUGUGAUUGGACUAAAUAAGGGUACCAAAAUGGCAAGAAACCUUCAAAAUAACUAUCCAUUGCGAACAUAUCAUUUACAUGGGCAAUUGGGAAUUAUGACAAAGAAUAUGUGCAUUGAUGGCCAAGUUGUUGAAAAGGGACGUUUUGAUUUUGUGAAACGUGAAAAUGUUGAUAAACUUAUGUCUACAAUACAGGCAUCAAAUCAAAAAAAGAUGUUUGAACUGGCCAAUGUAGACACUCAAACUCAAAUAGCAUAUGAUUUGGCUACAAAAGGGUUGAUUCGACCAGCAUCUACCAAAAAUCCUUUAAUUUAUGGAAUUAAAUGCAUAAGUCUAGAUUUACCAAAUUUCAUCAUUGAAGUUAAUGUUAUUAAUGAAUACGAGAGUUAUUUAUUAUCAUUAGUCCAUGAAAUAGGACUUAAGUUAAGAUGUUCAGCAACAUGUACUGCUAUACGCUGUAUAAGAUAUUCGUCAUUUACCAUUCAACAAGCACUUCUAAUGAAACAUUGGAAUCUCCAAUAUGUGUUAGAAAAUAUGAGAGAAUGUAAUUCUUCUUACAAACAAGUGAGUAGACUACCUUCAUUUAUUACUGAACAAUCUUAUUUUGAAUCUAAUCAAAAACUGACUGGUGUACAAUAAUUUUAGUAAGUUAUAUAAUAAUUGUUAAUUAUUCGUAGUAUUCAAAAGUUCAUUAAUCACAUUUUAAGAUAUUAUUAAAUAAUAAUAAAACAUUUUUUGAAUAUAA